AUGUCGCUUCUUCUUUUCUCUCUAUUUCACUCAUACUUCUGUCACUCCUCCCUUUCUUUCUUUCAAUCUCACUCCUGCUUCUUUCCUUCCUUCCUUUCACUCAUCCCUCUAACGCUGCAAUUCGUUUAUUUGUUGCCCCACUCUCUCUCUCUCUCUUUCUUUCUCGCUGUCCAGGUCGUUUUCACCACUCGCUUUUUCUCUACUAUUCUCUUUCUCUUUUGUUCUCUCUUUGUAUCUACCUCUCUAUCCUCUAUUAUACUCACUCACGCACCGAAAAAGGGGAAAGCCACGCCGGGGUCGUUUAGAAAAAGAAAGGAGGAAAAAAAACGCUAUUACAAAGACGAAAAUUUUGGAUUUUGUCCAGUCCUGAGUACCAUGUCAGAAAUUCCCAGUUACGUAUUUGUGGUUUUGCCUCCGCUUACAGCUGAUGGUAAAGUUAUCUUCGGUAAAAAUUCCAAUCGUCCAGAUACUGAAGUUCAGGAAGUUGUUUACUUUGCAGCCAAGGAUUAUGAUUCUGGAACAAAAGUCUCUUGCACCUUCAUUGAUAUCGACCAAGUUUCUCAUAGCCAUGCUGUUAUCCUGAGCAAACCUGCCUGGAUGUGGGGAGCUGAGAUGGGUGCUAAUGAGCAUGGGGUCUGUGUGGGUAGCAGUGUGGCCCACACCAAGAUGGAAGAAAAACUUGGAGAUGAAGAAAGACUGCUUGGUGCUGAUUUAGUUAGGUUGACCUUGGAACGCAGUCGGGGUGCAGCUGAAGGUGUGGAUGUUCUUUGUUCCUUGCUAAACCACCAUGGUCAGGGUGGACCUUACAGUGAAGUACCUGGAUUCACAAAUGCGUGUCAGUUAUGCACAACUUUUCUGAUUGUGGAUUCUUCAGAAGCAUGGGUUGUAGAAACGGCAGCUGGUGGACAAUUUUGGGCAGCGGAAAAAGUUAGCUCUAAUCUACACAGUCUUCAUGGAAAACUGACAAUUGGCACCAAUUUUGCCAAAUCUUCAGAGGGUCUUAUCUCAAAAGCAACAGAAGCAGGACUCUACAAAGAAUCUGAUGGGCCUUUCAAUUUUUCAAAAGUGUUCUCUGUUUCUGAAACUGAAGAGACAAAUCCCAUCAUUCAAGAAGCUGAAGAAAUUCUUGAAUCAGGUGCUAUCAAACCUUUGACUGCUUUUCAACACCUACGGAAGAAAGAAAUUGGGAUCGAUGUAAUCAAGAACCAGUUUGUGACAGCCGGCAGCCAAAUCUCCGUUCUUAGCCCACAGGAAGCAUCUAGUACAGCUGCCUGUUGCCAUUGGUUCACUGCUACACCAAAUCCAAAGACAAGCAUCUUCAAACCAUUCUUAUUCUCCUCUGAUGUCUACCAACAUCUAGAAACAAUCUCCCCUGUGUACAAUGACGAUGACCCGGCUCGGUCAAAACCACGAUUUGAACGACAGGUUGACCGCAAACAUAAACUCUACCAGUGCCACCUGAACUUAAAGUCAAUUCUGGAAGCUGGUGGCCCCCAGGCUAUGCAACUGGCUGGCACUCUGGAAAUGUUGGAAGGCACUUGUUUGGCAGACAUGGAGGACACAUUGAAUCAGCUUCAUGCUUUAGAUCCAAAGAAAUUGGCAAAUACUUUCUCUCAUGUAAUUAGGCUAGAAAUGAACUUUCUUAAAAAAUAA